AUUAUAUAAAUAAAAACUCUUCUUAAUUUUUUUAAAAGCCUUUGCUAGUUUAUGCAUAAGGACCAACAGGUGCUAAAAAUGUCUGAAGAAACAAAUUCAAACUUAACAAUUAAAAUUGAACCAGUCGAAUAUUCUCAACAGGAACAAGAAUUUGAUGAUUAUGAGAUAUCAGAAAUAUGUCAAGAAAACGAAGAAAUAUCACAACAGCUGAUUUUAAAAUCUGAGUUAACAAUUGAGGAAGAAAUAAUUGAAGAGCAAAAUGGUGAAACAACUUAUGUAUGUGAAGAAGAAAUCAAUGAGUCAAGUAAUGAAGUAGAAAACAAAAACACAAAACAGCCCCAUGAAUCCACAAAUGCUGAACGUCCAUAUAAAUGUGCAACAUGCAAUAAAACAUUCAAAACUAAAAUUGUAUUGAAGCGACAUGAAUCAGUUCAUACUGGAAAACGCCUUUUCAAAUGUGACAUAUGCCACAAAACAUUUUCAGCAAACUAUAUUUUAAAACAGCAUGAAACGCUCCACACCGGAGAAAGCCCUCAUAAAUGUGAGAUGUGUUACAAAACCUUCACAUCAAUGCAAGCAUUAAAACGGCAUGAAAUUGUUCAUGCCGAAGAACGCUCUCAUAAAUGUGAGACAUGCAAUAAAGCAUUCUUAAGAAAAGAAUCCUUAUCGCACCAUCAACUGAUCCACACUGGAGAACGACCAUUUAUCUGUGAAUAUUGCAAUAAAGGAUUCAAAACAAAUCAGGAAUUAAAGCGGCAUGAAAAUGUACACACCAGAGAAAGCGAUCAUAAAUGCACAAUAUGCAAUAAAGCAUUCGGAACAAGAAACAACUUAAGAAGACAUCAAAUGAUUCACAACGGAGAGCGCCCUUACGAAUGCGGAAUAUGUAAUAAAACAUUCCAAGAGAAACAUACAUUAAAAGUCCAUCAAUUGACCCACAGUGGAGAUCGACCUCAUAAAUGUGAUAUCUGCAAUAAAACAUUUGUAAGAAAUGAGGCUUUAACUAUACAUCAAAUGAUUCAUACUGGAGAACGACCAUAUAAAUGUGAAACUUGCGGUAAAGCAUUCAAAACUAAACAAGAAAUAAAGCAUCAUGAUGUUAUCCACACCGGAGAAAGUGAUCAUAAAUGUGGGAUAUGCAAUAAAGUAUUCAUAUCAAAUACAACGUUGAAGCGACAUGAAUUGAUCCAUACUGGAGUAAAACCUCAUAAAUGUGAGAUGUGCGGUCAAGCAUUUUUGAGAAAAGACAAAUUAAAUAAACAUCAAUUGAUUCAUACUAGAGAAAAAAAAUAG